UAUGGUCCCAUCAUGAGGCUCCAACUGGGCAGAAAGAUUUGUAUUGUCAUAAGCUCCGCUUCGCUCGCCAAAAUAAUCCUAAAAGACAACGAUGCAAUCUUUGCUAACCAUGAUGUUUUAGCAACUUCGAAGAUUCUAUUGUAUGGUGGGAUUGAUAUUGUUUUCAGCCCUAAUGGCCCGCAGUGGAGGAAGAUGAGAAAGAUUUUUGUUCAUCAACUGAUGAGCAAUGCGAGCCUUGAUGCCUGCUAUGCACUUCGCCAACAGGGAGUACGAGAAAUGGUGAAGGAUGUGCAUAGCAAGGCCGGUUCCCCAAUUGAUAUCAGCGAGCAAAUGUUUAUUAUGGUGCUGAACAUAACGAUGAGCAUGGUAUGGGGUGCUCCGUUGCUUGGGGAGGAAAGGAACAGCAUAGGGCCCGAGUUUAGACGGUUAGUAAAGGAGGUUGUUGAAUUGGCCUCAACACCCAAUAUCUCUGAUUUUUUCCCAGUCUUGGCUCCAUUUGAUCUUCAAGGAAUCGAGUCAAAAACGAAGAAGAUUCUUCUUUGGUUCGAUCAGAUGUUUGAAUCAGUCAUAGCAGGCCGAAUGAAGGUUAACGGUAAGGGUAAAAACAAGGAUUUGUUGCAGUUCUUGUUAGAACUGAGGCAUCAAGAAGAUGAUGGAAGUACCCCAUGUUUAUCGAUGGAUGAAAUUAAAGCAUUGUUUAUGGAUAUUUUACUUGCUGCUACAGAUACUUCAGCAACCACGGUGGAGUGGACAAUGACAGAAAUGCUACGACAUCCAGCAAAAAUGAGAAGAGCAAGGGAAGAAAUUGAGGAAGUGGUCGGAAACCAGAACAUUGUGGAGGAGUCUCAUUUGCCCAAACUGAUAUAUUUGGAUGCAGUCAUAAAAGAGACACUCCGAUUACAUCCAACAGUUCCCUUCCUGGUGCCCCGCAACCCCAGCAAGGAUUGUUGCAUAGCCGGAUACACAAUCCCUCAAGGCUCCAAAAUCUUGAUUAAUUUAUGGAAAAUUCAGAGGGACCCUGAGGUUUGGGAAAACCCUUUGGAAUUUGAACCGGAGAGGUUCUUGAAAGAACCAGAAAAAGGUGAUUACCAUGGAAACUUUUUUUAUUUUCUUCCUUUUGGGUCUGGGAGGAGAAUUUGUGCGGGACUUCCUCUAGCUGAGAGAAUGAUGAAGUAUGUGCUGGCUACUCUGUUGCACUCUUUUGAAUGGGAAAUACCGAUUGAAGUGGAACUUGAUGUAUCAGAGAGAUUUGGAAUUGUUAUGAAGAAAAUGAACCCUCUUGUUGCCAUACCUAUUCCAAGAUUAGCUACUUUGGGGCAGUCCUACUGAGGCUAGGAGAGAUGGAACAUGUUAGCAACAGUGCCCAUCAAUGAGUUAUGUAUGCUAGUUUAUUUGUCGUUUGGCAGAGUACACUAAAUGCUUGGGCUGCUUUUAAGCACAUUCACCCCAAAGCAUUGCUGUGUGUUGAUGAGACGUAUUUCACAACAAGAAGAUGCCAAAUUACACGUUAGUUUGGGUGGAAAGAAUGGAUGUGAUUUUUAAUAAAUUUUAUACAAGUUU